UGUUCGAAAUUAAAAUGAAAUAUCAAGAUAUAGAAAACAUUGCGAUGCUUUAAUAUAUAUUUCUCGGUCUCAAAUGUAUUAUAGAUGUCUCUAAAGUAUAUCUAAAUUUCAAUUUUAAUCCGUCAAUAAAACGAUCAACUAAACAUAGUGUACCGCGCGAGCGAACAGUAUGGCUGCCCUGAGUGCGGGCGACGCACUUGUCAUGACUAGGUUUCUCCGAUUCAAUGGUUACACGGACAUCCCAAGGCCUUUUUUGAUCGGAGUCGCAGGUGGAACUGCUUCAGGAAAAACCUCAGUAUGUCAAAAAAUAGUUGAAAAGCUUGGCCAGGCUAAUGUUGAACGGAAUCAAAGGCAGGUGAUCACAAUAAGUCAGGAAUGUUUCUACAGAAACCUCACACAGGCAGAGAAAGACCUGGCAGUCCAAGGAAAAUUUAACUUUGAUCACCCAGAGGCAUUUGACUUUGAUUUAAUGCUGAAAACACUACAGGACAUCAAGGAGAGAAAGCCAGUCAAACUGCCAGCUUAUGAUUAUGCCACUAAUGCCAGAAAGGAGACAGAAUGGAUUGUUGUGUACCCAGCAGAUGUCGUGUUAUUUGAAGGCAUUUUAGUAUUUUAUUGUAAACAAAUCAGAGAGAUGUUUGACAUGAAGCUAUUUGUGGACACAGACCCCGACACGCGGCUUUCACGUAGAGUUCUGAGAGAUACCAUAGAACUUGGCCGAGACUUAGAGAAAGUUCUCAGCACUUACAUUGUCUUUGUGAAGCCAGCAUUUGAAGAGUUCUGUUUACCAACAAAAAAGUAUGCUGAUAUUAUUAUACCAAGAGGUGCAGAUAACUUAGUUGCUAUUGACCUUAUAGUGCAGCACAUACAGGAUAUAUUACACCCUAAUCCAGAGGCUCACCAGCGCGCAGAGCGUGUGCAGAGGACUAGACAUAACUCAGAGUCUGGGGUGGUGGCCAGGCCACAUUGAGGCAAUAAUGUGGAUGAUCUUGGUUUAACAAAUACGAACACGACAUUACUAAAUGUACGGACUCAUGCAGGCAUUUAAAAGUGUCAACACAAGUUUGUUUUGGUUUUGAUACAUGAAAAUAACAAGGAAGUUAACCAGACUGUAAUGAAUUUGCCUCAAUUUGUUCAACUAAAUGAUGAAAACAGGAUUGUGCUGAUAUGUGUCCAGUAUGUGGUUUCUCCAGUAUUACAAAAUCUCUCCUGAGGUUUCAGAAUUGUGUUAAAUAACUAAAUCAUGGUGGGAAAUUUGACAGUGAAAUGCAGGGAGUUUGAAAACCUGUCCACGGCCGUGUGUCUAUAACUAUUUCCAUCUGUAUAUAGUGAGACAUGGAAUGAAUCUCAUAAAAGAAUUUUUGUUGAAAUAUUUAUGUACAUCACUCCAUUAGUCUAUCAGAAGUGCUGUGUGGAAAACUUAAAAACAGCAAAUUAUUAAUGUUAAUCUGUACACAGAUUCACGUUUCCGAGUUAUUUCGGCUAGAAAACUUUCCCCUUUAGCACAGAUUCUGCCCUGAAUCUGACUAUUUUGUUGUUGCACUUGUAAACAUGGAUAAAUUAAAAUUAUUCAUAUUUAUGUUUGUUUUUAUGAAUGGUGCACAAAAUAAAAAGGCAGCUUGCAAUUAAAAAAGCAAAUGCGGUUGCAUGCAAUGUCUGUAUUGUAAAGAAGUUCGAUUUUGGGUAAAUUUGUGCAUUGUCAAGUGUCAUGUGGCGGUCACAAGUUUUUUGUCAUUCACUUACUGCAGCAUUUAUUUAUUUAUUGCUAAUUAUAAUUUUGUUAGACAGUGUAUUAUGUAAUCUGGAAGGUGUGGCAGUAAAAAUACAAGAACGUCACAAGUGGAGAAAGAAGAUAAUUUCCUAUCAUCACCUAUAAUAAUUUGAUAGAGAUGGGAAGUUGUUACAUUUGAUCAGUCGUACACCUUUUAUAUGAAGUUAUAGUUUUAAAGUGUUAAUAUUAGUAGUGAUUUUGUUACUUUUAUGUAAUUUUUAAAAAAAUACCAUGCAGUAUGUACAUGUACCAUAAGAUAAAAAAUUAAGGCUAAUUUACAUAGUAUUUAAAUAAAUUAAAAGAAACUGUCAACCAACUGUUACUUUAGCUGACUUUAUCUCGUUCCUUUCAGUCGGCACAUUUCAUAUAGGCCCUAAAUACAGCAAUCCACAACUGACAAAGCCAAAAAAGUAUCGAUUCUUGUCCAAAAUGGACCGUUUAAAGUAAUAA